UUGGGGAGCGAGAGAGAGAGAAGUAAAAGAAGUUCACACUGAGAAAAGCAACUGUGUUCAGUUCAUGGAAGUAACAAGUGAGAAGACACCUUUGAUGUUUAAAGACGCUUUCUGGGGGUCCAAUUUCACCUGUCACGCAGGCUAUGAUGCUGUGAUCCAAAGGUUGCAAGAUGGAAGGCGUAUGUGCAAAGAUGUGGAGGAGCUUUUAAAGAUGAGGACACUAGCAGAGGAGAGGUAUGGGAAGGAACUGGUGACUAUUGCUCGCAAAGCAGGAGGACACACAGAGACCAGCACCUUGAGAGCAUCCUUUGAACUGUUAAAAACACAAAUCGAGAACAUUGGUAACUUUCACAUCCAGCUGUCCGAUGUAUUGAAAGAGGAGGUGAAAAAGAUUGAGACAUUCAGAGAGCGGCAGAAAGAGCAGAGGAAGAAGUUCCAAAGCAUCAUGGAGAAGGUUCAGAAGAAAAAGGUUUCUUUGUACAAGAGGACCGUGGAAUCUAAGAAGAAUUAUGAGCUGAGGUGCAGAGAGGCGGACGAGGCAGAACAGGGGGCAACCGUUGCAUCCAAAAACUCAGAAAAGAUGCGUCACAGGGCAAAGCAAUCUAGACAGGCUGCCAAUGAAGCAGAGAAGCUGUACUUUACCAACAUUGCUCAGCUAGAGAGUGUUCGCCAGGACUGGGAAGAAACACACAAAAGCACCUGCGAGGUGUUCCAGCAACUGGAGGGAGAUCGCAUCAGCAUGCUCAGGUGUUCUCUCUGGGACCACUGCAAUCAUUUCUCCAUGCAGUGUGUCAAUGAUGAUGAGUUUAUCGAGGAGGUGAGGAAGCAACUGGAACAGUGUGACAUCACCACAGACAACAACUAUUUCAUAGGGAUGAAAGGCACAGGAACGAGGCCUCCAGAGCCCAUAUUGUAUGAGAGCUUCUACCAGACGGAGAGAUCCCGGGACAGCAACGGCCAAGCUCAUUUCGCAGUAGGAGAAGAAGACGUGAUGAUGAGGUGCUCUGAUCCCCUUCUCUCAAGUUCUCUGAACAUCAGUGCCGACAGUCUUCAAAACUCACAAUCAGCAACGACACCUUUUGGGGAGAUUGAGAGUUCAGAUGGAGGAUAUGCGCCCCUACCAGGCCUCCAGCAUGCAGCAUCAUCGGCCACAGUUUCAGCUGAUGAAGACAACUACAUUGUACUUUAUGAAUACACUGCCCAGGAAGAGGAUGAACUGUCUGUCAGUAGAGGGGACAUGGUCCGAGUGUUGGCACGAGAAGAAGACGGCUGGUGGACAGUGGAGAGGAACGGACUGGCUGGACUGGUGCCAGGAAACUAUCUGGGCAAAAUCUGAACGAUGAACCAGCUGGAGUUCAACAUUUGGAUGGUACCGUUUUAAAACGGCUUGCAGUGACUUUGCUUUGUCAGUAUAUGUCAUAUUUUCAAUGUGAGUCUGACGAACAAACUUCCAUACGCUAAUAGAAGAACAACUAGCAUUAUGCCAGUGCAAGAGAGGUUCUACAUUGCAACCAUAACAGAGCUUCUUUUUUUAAAUCAACGAUUAGAUUUACGAUUUACAUUUAGUGUAAGAGCCAUUUUGUAUUCUUAACAUUUUUUGUAUUUUAUGUUUAUUGCAAAAGUAUAUGUGUUGUUCCCUUUAGAAUGUUUACCAUAUAAUAGAGUUAAAAGAUUGCUCAUGUUGUAAAAUGUGCUUCAAAUGUGUGUUUUGCCCUUUGAAGAUAAAGGCUCCUCUAUUCUGUCCUGCUAUUGGAUAAUUAUUGGUUGACUCCUUUAAGUGAGUUUUCAGUGCAAGUUAGGCUUUGAUGGAGCAGGAUGUGGAGCAACAAAUUUUUCUGACCGCAGAUUAUAGAUCGCAGAUUAUAGAAUGCAGAUUAUAGAAUGCAGAUUAUAGACUUUUUAGUUAUAGCCAGCAGAAGGUCAGUGCUUUGGUACUCCAUUUAUUGCUUAAAGAUUUUGUUUAUUUUUUACAUGGAAUAAAACUACUUUUAACUACGAGCUACGAGCCUCAUCUUUGGACAGCUAGCAAGAAAAGUUUAGCCUGCAAGAGCACGUAAAUUGGACAUGUUAGUCUACGCGAGUCAGAACCCUUUACAUCCUGCAAGAAGUGGCCAAGAAGGACGGUAAAAUGAGCAGCCACUACAUUUAUCUUAAUUAAUGCUCCAACAAAAUUUCACAUUUACCACACAGUUUAAUACAUAUGAUAAUCCAACUGGGCUCGUACUUGUUCUCCUCCACUCACCGUUUGCGUUGUCCAUUUGGGUAGCGUUGGCUAGCUAAUUCAGCUCUUCCAAUGAUACCGCGUUGUCCUGCUGCUUUCCUGUUUGGUAGCUAAUCGUCUCAGAAAGAGGCGUUUCUUCCUGCAGAAUUACUCCACGUUAAAUAGUAUUAUUUUUACAGGCAGGUUGCUUUAUAACAAUAUUCCGCACCUGGUGGGCCAUGAGGUGUUUAAUCUAAAGUUUUUCUUCAAAAGGCAGACUUUGAAAUGUGCGCAGUAAAAGAUAAUCCACAUAAUUCGUGUUGACCGCAGUUACUAACUUCUGCCAACUGCGAGCCGAUGACAACCGCUGUACUUGGCGAAACAGCAAAUCAAAUUGCAGCAGAGUAACAAUCGUUAGGAAUGCGUGUCGCUGUUUUCCCACACAAGGGACACUUGACGUUGCAUUACAGAUACUUUGUUAUAUUACAGAGCAUAUUACCUGAGAUGGCCCGCAUGGUGGCUGCGGCCUCGCGAGCAAAGCCAUUUAAAACACCAUUUUAAAACUACUCCUCUAUCUAGCCACUGACUUUAAAUUGUAGCAUAAUAAUAAGCAACAGCAAUUGAUGUAAUUUGCGUCAUGCUUUGUGCAGGAUUUUUAAUUUAUCACCAAAUAAACCACACGUGUUAAGGCUGUUAGCAGGUGGGGCUUUGCACCUGGAUUCUCACGUUCUAUAUUUGGCAUUUCUUCAAUGUUUUUUGUAUGUUUGUGAGCUAGGGAAGAUUGAAGGUUACAAUACUGUAUUUAUAUGUCUGCUGUGCAUUAGGAAUUAUCUGAGUGCUGAGUAGACCAAAGUACAGAAAAGUUUGUAUAAAGGAAAGUAUUGUCAUAUAUGUCAAGUGAUGACGUAGCUAUGUGUUUAAACAUCCUCAUAUGUUUCAUGCAACAGAUGUAAUAUCAAAUAAUUACCUGUGUAUAUGGUUUAACUGGCAAUAUACUCACUUCCAUGUAAAACUAAGUGGAUGAA